GCCAUCGGUAGACGCGCGCAGCCGUCAUGGCAGCGGAAGAGAAGGAUCCCCUGAGCUAUUUCGCGGCUUACGGGAGCAGCAGCUCAGGCUCCUCGGACGAGGAGGAUAACAGCGAGCCGGAGGAGACAAGUCGUAAGGCCCCGGAUCAGGCGAAGUCGGCGGGCGGCUGUGGGAACAAGGCGGAGAAGCGGCUGCCUGGACCCGACGAGCUGUUCCGGAGCGUGACUCGCCCGGCCUUUCUCUACAAUCCGCUCAACAAACAGAUAGACUGGGAGAGGCACGUCGUCAAGGCGCCAGAGGAGCCUCCGAAGGAAUUCAAAAUAUGGAAGUCAAACUAUGUACCACCUCCGGAGACCUACUCUACUGAGAAGAAACCUCCCCCUCCAGAGCUGGAUAUGGCAAUAAAAUGGUCUAACAUAUAUGAGGACAAUGGUGAUGAUGCCCCACAGAAUGCUAAGAAAGCUAGGCUUCUCCCAGAAGGGGAGGAGACAGUGGAAUCAGAUGAUGAAAAAGAAGAGCAUACUUCUAAAAAGCGCAAAAUAGAACCGGGAGAACCAACAAAGAAGAAAAAAUAGAAAACAAAUGACAAGAAUUUUUGGACUGUGAAACUUUGUUGAAAUGAUUUUUUUUGGCAGGUUAAAUUGAUAUUGUAAAUUAUUAUGAAACAACAUCUCCAUGAAAGUAUAUGUCAAUUAGCUAAUGAGUAUUGGUGCAGGAACCUUCCACUGUAGAAUUCAGUUUUUAUUUAAAACAUAUGUAUUUAAAACUCAAAUGGUGACUUGUGAUUGUGAAAUUGACAACACUUGGAAGCAUUCUUGCUACCACAGAAUUGGUGACAUGCUUUGAGUUUCAUCCCAUGUUGACAUGCCAAUGUUCUAUGAACCUUUUAUAAAGGAGUAUAUUUUUAAAGUAAAUAUAUUGUACUGUGAACUUGUAGGGUGCUUUUCAGCAGUGUUUGUACAGUGUAAAUAGAUCAUGGAAAUAAAAUUACCAAUAUUACUAUUACUGCAUAACAUUAACAUUUGAAUAUUUGUGACAAGUACCCUCUUUGCCAUGUGACAUUCUGAUAGUGGGUAUUACCAUUUAGGGAGUGCCGCCUGUGUUCCAAGUGCUUUGUGCAUAUAUUAUCUCUGAUCCUCAGCCUAAUAAAGCAGGUAUUAAUAGC